UUUAAAGUCUCCUUAAUUAUUAUGACUCAUCAUUAUACCCAAUUUGGGAUUAUUGAACAACCACAACAAAAUUCCUUCCAUAAUAUUGUCCCCUUCGACCCAUACAAUUGGGAAAACUUCUUCUUCGGCCUUCUAGACCGAAACGAUGCCGAGGCUCUUUUACAGGGGACUGAAGUUAGCACUUUUCUGAUGCGUGAAUCGACAUCAGAACAGGGGUACUCGUUAAGUGUCAAGGAAACAAGUGAUCGAGUGAACCAUUAUUUGAUAAAGCGUGAACAGCAAGAAGAUGGAAAACAGAGAUUUGUGAUUUCCAAUAAUGUUGUGUUCGUGGACAUUCCUUCACUCCUCAGCCAUUACAAACUUCGAAAACUCGAUUCAACUCCACUUAUCUUCCCAUUAGGAAGACCUUCAAUCGAAAAAGUUAUUGGAAGAUUCAAGUUUGAAGGUGAACGAAUUAGUGAUUUGCCUUUUGAUAGAGGGGAAAUACUUGAAGUUUUGAGUAAACCUGAAGAGCGGUGGUGGAUGGCAAGCAAUUGUCUCGGAAAUACCGGCUUAAUCCCUGCUAAUUAUGUUAAAAUUUAUGAGGAAGGCGACGAGAUUAGCCUUCAAAAUUUAAGCUCAAAAAGCAGUGGAAGUACUGGUAAACGUUAUAGUGCUAAUUCUGUGGAGAGCAAUAAUAAUGUUAACGAACAGCAACAAUCGAAUAAGGUAUGGGAAUGUUUAAAAAUCAGAGUUUGUAAAAAAUAA